GAUCCAUGUUUUAUCAUUACUAUUUUAAUUCAAAACAUGAUAGUUUACCUUUCAUUCAAGUGCUCAAAACUCCAAUAGUCUUUAGAGAGAAAAAAACCCUGAGAUUUAGAACAAUGAACUCUUCAAUAUCAGAAUAAUCAUAAAAUGGACUAUUAACUUUAGUUUACAUAACAGAGUAGUAUGUACCUCUCUAAAAUAUAUAUUUGAAAAAAUUGGAUAUGGGUAAAUUUUCAUAUGAUCAAAAAUUGCAUUUUGCACUUAAAAUUAUGUAACUUGUUAAUGCAGUUGAGAGAUCGGGAAUAGCAGUUCUAGAACUAAAUAUGGAAUCGAUAUUAAUAACUAAGGGAGGAUAAUUUAAGAUUUCAACUACCAAUCUAAUUCCCUUUGUUUAAGUUGCAGCCUACAAAGAAGUAUGGUCAAUGUAUGAUGACUAUGAAAAAGUGUACACUCAUUUAUCAUUACAUAAAACUAUUAAACCACCUGAAGUUAAGAGAAGAGAACCCAUUAAAGAUUUUAGAGCAGUGACAAGAUACAAUAUUGGACUAAUCAUUCUACAACUAUAUUUUGAUAUCCCAAACAUUCAAUACAUAGAUGAAUAAAAGAUGCAAAGUUUGUUAUUUCAACUCAUUCCAAAAAGACAAUCUGGAAUUGAUGAUGAUUAAAUUGAUAAAUCUAAUAAGUCCAUUCAAUUUGAAUAAACCAAUCCUUUAGGUGCUCUGAUUUUGAGAUUCCUCUCUAUAGAUCCUGUUAAAAGAUUAGAGUUUUCAUUAAAUCAAUUAAUGCAAGUAGAGUACGAUAUUGACAAUUAUGAUUUUACUGAAGAUAUGCAACAUUUCUUCUCAAAUUAUAAUGCUUAUUACAGACCAUCAUCAUAAUCAAGUUAUAAAAGUAAGCAAUCAAAUCAUUUUGAUUAAUAAAAUAGUUUUGUAUCUGGAGAUAAUAAUAAUAACAAUAUGUCAUCUUUUGUAAAAUAACUAUAUUAACCUACAAAUAAUAGUCAGGAUGAUAUGCCUGCAAUAGCAUUAAAAAUGCCUGAAUUAACACAGAGGAGCAAGAAGAAAAUAGGAGCACCUUCAUAUCAAUCAUAUGUCAGAUCUAAAAAUUUAAUUGCUGAAGUUCAUUUUAACCUAUAUCUAUAUCAAUCUGCUCUUGAUUAAUGGUAGUAUUUACUACAGGAUGUGGAAGAGUGUUUUGGUGAUACCUCCCCUGAAUGUGAGUAUAUCCUUGAGAGAAUUUGGGUAUUGGCUUAACAUCUUGGAUAGGAAAGGGUAUUGGAGUAGAUUAGUUAAAAAUAUGUCACAAUAAGAAAGUCAAAUGUGAAAGGGGUCAAGGAAUAAUUAGAAGUUGCUCAUAUUCUCUAGGAUUAAGCCAGAGUCAAGGCUCUUAUACGACCUAAUGAGGCUGUGGAUUUAUAUCAUCAGUCCUCAAAGUAAUUUUAGAUGGUUAAAGGUAAGUUUAAUAAUCACUCUGCUUACAAUUCUAUGUAAAUUGGGUUGAUUUAUUUAAAAUUAAUGAACAUCGAAAAAGCUAGGAGCAAUCUAGAGUACGCUGUCUACAUCUUCACCAAAAUGGAAAAGUCGUCUAUUGUUCCAUUUUUGAUAGCCACAACAUGGUAAAUUGAUGAUGAAGAGGUUGUCAAAGAACCAGUUAAUAAAAUUAAAUUUUUUCAGUCUCUCUUUCAUUUGGGCUCAUUUUAUUUCAACUUUGAAAGUUAAUAGAAAGCUUAUGGAGUUCUUUAAGCAGCUAAGGAUGUAAUUGAUGAGUUAAAAAAAGGUGAGCUUUAUCCUGAGUAAUUAAUUUUAAUUCUACUUUAGAUUAAUAAGAUUGUGUAAAUCUGAAGUAAUUAGGUUAUACACUGAACUUUCAAAAUGUCUAAUGAGUAACAAUGAAGUUGAUGAUGCACUCAAAUUGGUUGAGGAAGGAAUACAGUAAAACACAGAUCAACUUGAGAUAAAAUCAUUGAUUGAUAUCAAAGUGGAAAUAUUGGUAGCUCAAGGGAAAAUAUCCGAUGGAUUAGCAAGUAAGAUGUAAUUUAAAUAUUUAAGUACUUGGAUUAUGGGCAAGGUAAUUUUAGAGAUCUAAUAAUUUAACUAUGGAAACUGCAUAUCUUCUCAAAGAAGUUGCGGAUUUAGCGUACAAACUUAAAGAUGUAUAAUUAAAAUUUUAUAUUUAGUUAAAUGUUGCUUUUAGUUUCUAUUCCGAAGCCUUAGCCAUUUAUUAAAAAGGAAAGGUAAAAGGUUUAAAACAAAAAAAUGAAAUAUAACAAUACAUCUAGGAUAUCGAAGAGAAUCUUUAACAAAUUUUCUAAAUUUAAAAAAUGUGAC